AUGCCUCAAACUGACCAAGCUCCAGGCCCGUCCCACCCCUAUGAUCAGGAUAUAGAAGAGCCUGAGGAGGAGGAGCACAGCCACUAUAAGCCAAACAUGGAGUUUAACUUAACUGGCAAGUUUCGUCAGUACCCUACAGAUGAUGAGGAACCACAGCCUGGGAUCGGAGAGAAAGAAGAUAUUGAGAGGGCUGCAAAGUCAAUGUUUGAUCCUGAACAUAGAGCAUUGUUUCACCCAGUUACUGCUAGUCUAAUCUACCUCUGCUUCCUAUUUGAUGGAUUAUAUGAGAAUCUUCUAUCUGUUGGUGUUAAAAAAGAAUCACACCUUGUUAAUCCAGUAGAGGGGAAGAUAGUUCUUAAAGCACUCUAUAGUACCAGCUAUAAGGGGAAGUCUCCUAAAUUUACGGCACCAGAGAUGUCGUCCAUGUUAAGACAUUGUUGUGAUCUUUUAAUAGGUGUAGUGAAAGGAUCCAGUGAUAAGGUGAGGGCAAACAGUUUUCAGAUUCAAAAACGAUUCAAGACUAUGAUGGUUUGUCUCCAACGGCCAACUCACGGAGAUAGUGCCAACCUCCUUUUGAAUUACAAUGCAGGGCCUGCCGUUGAUUGGAUCAACUCUAAGCCUUGGGUGGGAUCACUUGUGUUUGCUCUACUAACACGUGAGUUUGAAUCACCUGGGAAAGAGAUGCUUGAUCAGGUCAAACUUGUUGCGGGGCGUUCUCAAAUGACUACAUACUAUAUUAUAAGAAUGUUUCUGGAACAGUGCACAGAUGGCACUCUAGCCCUUCCAGCUAUUAUAAGUGAAAUUAUCCUAUUUGAGGAGAAAUCAAAGACAGUAAAGCGAGCCGUCGGCCAAUUCUUUGAGUAUUGUGGUGCUAUAAGACACCCAGCCAUGCUUGAACUAUCACCUCGGAUGUUCCCAAAUUUAUCCACCGCAGCAAAUCAUUGGGCUAAACGGCAUAACCCAGCUUAUUCAGGUUUCAAGGCACCAGAUGUUACACCUGGGGCUAGUAUUACAAUACCUCUUCUUCAAAUGGCUAGUUUAAGGAAGAUCUCAAGGGCCUCUGGAAAUGGAGAGAUGGACCCACACACUCUUUCUGUCUUGAAGAAAUAUGGAGUAACAGGGUUCCAGUAAUAUCGAACCAACAUUUUCAAAAACAUAGAUGUCAUCUGAAGAGAACAAGUUCCUUUGUAUGGUUGAGCUUUUUCACAGACUCCGUGUUGGGAGGAGAGUCAAGGGGCCAUCAUAUCAGAAGAUAUAAAGUCCAAGUUCCAAGGUGCGGACUGAACUCCCGGGAAGGAUCCAACCCAGGAACCAACCAGGGCAAUUUCACCCUGAAGAGUUUCUCUGGAUUCUCCCAGGCGCCCUCAACAAGAAUGUCAAUCAGCUGGUGACCCCUGUAAUGGAGUGGGAUAUUGAGAAGUUGAUGGAUCCGGGAGGUGGAAACCGGGCUUGAGGAGUGGUCAGCUGAGGAGUUGG